GUCAUUAUGCGGACACACUUUGUCCUCUUGUCUUUCUGCACCAUUUGUGUAACAGUAACGUGCUUAGAAAUUACCCUUCGUGCUAAGAAGGAUGACAACAAGAAUGAGUUGCAGCGUUUGAGACCGAGUAAUACGUUAACGUAUCCUGGAGUCGACACGAAUGAGGAUGAUGGAGACUUUAUUGAUGAAAUGGACUUGGCAAACCCUCCAAAGUUACAAUUUUACGCUGUUAUUCAAGAUCCUCUUUGUGUAUACUGUGACGAGUUACCCAGCUACACCGCCUGGUAUAGAUGCAGAGCGAUCUAUUGUGCCAGAUAGCUUCCGUGGUGUAGACUACAACAUAAUUCGCAUCACGUGUUUUGGAUGUCUUCGUUGAAGGAAAUAAAAAAACCAAACAUUACAAAAUUAAAUCGUGAAUACUGUGAAUUGCAGAUCAAAGCGUAAUACUCUUUGAUACUUAUGGUGGCAUAUCUCUGCCCCUUGUGUGCAAGUUAUUUUCUAUCAAACAUGUCGACAUGCAAGAUAAAUAUGUUAACAUGCAAGAAAAUUGCAAUCAAAGGAGAACUAUAAAAAAUCUCAAAUAUCGCCAA